UUUUUUUUUUAGGGACUAUUAAUGGGCAUAUUUUCACUAUUCAAUAUUAAACGUACCUCAGGUAUCACAUAUGCUUGGGAAAGAAAUGAUUGGUAUAGAAGGCAUGGUUAUCAAGUGCCUAUCGAUACAUACCUAAUCUUGCAAUGGAUCUGUUUAAUCAUGUUCGAUGGUGUUUUUUUCUUUUUCUUGAUUUAUUUUACAACAACAAAAUAUGCUGAUAUUAAUAUAACAAACGACAUGCCUAUAAAAGACAUUUAUAAAAGCUGGAUUGAUUUAAAUGUUCCAUACGAGAAUCCAUUAACCUCUUGGAAGAGUAUUAUUAUGUUCGGACUUACCACAAUGGUAAAGAUUCUCAGCAUAUGUACAUCAAUAAUUGAAACAGAAGAUCCAAUUGUAGCUAAUCAACGUACACAUGUGAAUCGAAGUCAAUCUUAUGUUAGAAGAUACGGUAUACCAGUUAUAGAUAGUGUUACCAGUAUUUGCAAUAUAUGCCGUAUUAAAGUAUCAAAAAGUACUCGACAUUGUAAGGUGUGUAAUAAAUGUGUAGAUCAAAUGGAUCAUCACUGCAAAUGGUUAAACUGCUGUAUAGGAAAGAACAACUACAAGAUAUUCUUAACUCUAAUCGUUUCUGCAUUUCUUGCUUUAUUAUGGUAUACAUGUAUAGCAUUCCAUGUUUUAUGGACUUGCUUUUAUGAUAAACAUAUUUUUAUAAUUCAUGCAUUCGAAGUAUUUAAUAUAACGAUAAAAGAGAAGCAACAGCAGUUUACAUAUGAUUAUAAUAAUUUAAACCAACUUUAUUUACUCUGCAUCUCAAUUACAGUAUUGAUUACUCUAAUAGCUUUUAUUUCAUUUGUUUCUAUUACAAGACUCUUAUUAUUCCAUAUAAAGCUUGCUAAGCUCAAUUUAACAACGAUUGAAUAUCUAACUUCUGCUAUGUUAAAUGACGCAUACAAACAUAACAAUUUCUUUUCAGAUGAGGAAGAAGAAGAAGAGGAGGAGGAGGAGGAGGAGGAGGAUGAAAUGUACGACUCAGACUCAGAUUGUUAUUUUGAUUAUUAUAGCAAUGGUGUAAGGAAAAGAUCGUUCAGACAUUAUCAUCAUUGGAAGACGUAUCGUCUCUAUCUUUUGGUGACACGUAAAUUGAGACGUACCUGGAUUUUAAUAGCACGUAUCAUGAUCCCAGGCUAUAGGUUAAAAAGAACAAGUUCCUGUUGUUCUGUAUUGAUAAGAAAAAGACCUUUAUUAAAAAAGAACCAAGACAUACAUAUUGAACAUAAUAAGAAUGAAGACCUCUUUGCAAUUAAAACGAUACGACCCAUUAUUAGAUUAAGUGAAGAUGAAGAUAAUAAGAUUAAUUACAAAGAUCAUAUGGGGUUAGAUUUAACUGUUCUUGAAAUGACGGAAGGAAACAAAGUGCUACGAACAUCUAAUAUGAAUAAAGCUGCAAGGCUUUUGGACAUGUCUGAAGAAGAAGCCAAAUUAUAUAUGAUGGAACAACAAGGACACAAAAAAUAACCGUUAUUCUCCAUGACAAUACUAAAUGAAGAUAAUGCGUUUUAUAACUAUAUAGACUGAAUAUAAUGAUAGCGCAAAAUACCUCAUUAUUGUUAUACCCUUAUUUUUAUUAAAAAAGAA